AUGGCGAUACAGGGGGCGAUAGACGCCGGGUGUGGCACGGGGGAACUCUGCAGUUACAUCUCCCAACAGCCAGGCGUCGCUUCUGUCGUGGGCUUCGAUCUGUCACCUGAUUUCAUCAGCUAUGCUCGGACGAACAACUCCUCCCCAAACGUGCGGUACCACGUGGCCGAUGCCGCGGAUCCAUCAACGAUCAAGCCGGAGUGGCGGGGCGCCUUCAGCAAGGUGGUGUCUACCUUCGUUCUGCACUGGGUCAAAGACAAGCCGACGGCGCUUAACAUGCUCAACUCUUGUCUGAAACCCGGUGGCGAGAUCGUGUUUUUGUGCGUUAGUGAUAAAAGCAAGUUCCAUGAGAAGUAUCCGCACUGCUACAUCUCCAGAGACCAGGUGAGGGGAGUCAUCCGUCCCACUCUGCCACACCUGAGCUACCUUCCCGAAGACAAGCAGGAGGAGUUCGUGGAUGAGCUGAUAAAGAUGGCCGAGAAGCGUCACUGGAUCACGGGAGAAGAAGCCCCUACAGUGCAUGAGGUACUAGGUGUACAUGGCUAUUCGCGCUCGAAAGAUAUGAGUUUCAAGACGCAGCCGACCGCUGUUAGUUUUUAG